UGAAUUUCGAACUGCUAAUUGUUCAGUGCGAUCACAGCUAUUUGCGACGUUGAAAAUGUCCCUUCUACCAUACCUGUUCGACGAUUGGGGAUAUGGCCGUCCUCGUCGCCUGAUGGACCAGCACUUUGGAUUGGGGUUGACUCCUAACGACCUGCUAUCUGUUGCUGCUGGACCGCUCAUCAGCAGAGAGUAUUACCGCCCAUGGCGUCACCUGGCAGCGGCUGCGAGGGAUGUCGGCUCUACUAUUAAAUCCGAUUCUGACAAGUUCCAAAUAAACCUGGACGUGCAGCACUUCGCGCCAGAAGAUAUCUCUGUCAAAACAGCUGAUGGCUACAUCAUAAUCGAGGGCAAACACGAGGAGAAAAAAGAUGAGCAUGGUUAUAUUUCCCGCCAAUUCGUGAGGAGGUACGCUCUGCCUGAAGGCACGAAGCCUGAGACCGUCGAAUCGAAGUUGUCUUCCGACGGCGUGUUAACCAUCACAGCUCCAAGGAAUGUUCCAGAAGCUAUUAAAGGUGAGAGAAAGGUACCGAUAGCCCAGACAGGACCAGUACGGAAGGAAAUAAAAGACCAAAGCGAAGGCACGAAUGAGAAACCGCAGUGAUUUUUAGUUCAUAAGGUUAAUUUGAGACUGAUAAUUUUAAAUAUAAUUAUAAGUUCCUAA